UCACUUUCAUUUUGACACUGAUAGAUCGGAGCCACAAUGUACAAAGAAUAUUUAUUAUAAAAAUAAUGAGAAAUAUUUCUAGCAACCAAAAUAUCAUGAAUGAACUAAGAUGGGCUCAAAGUUUUGUGGUGUUUUGCUCAGUUUUUUAAUGGUGUCUACAGCGUCACAAUCCUACGAUUUGGGUUUCGAGUUGCCUGAAGAAAGGUGGAGGCUCAGGAAUGAGAAGCUGAACGACGAAAAUGUAAUGUGUCUGCGCAUCAAGCCCUCCCCCAAAGACAUUGUCAGGAGAUUUUAUGCCAUAUUGCCAUAUUUCGAUAAAGAGCACGCGAAUGCAGCUUUCCUUCACAAGUUUCGUGGCACUGUGUAUGGCAUGUCCGAGGGGGAAGACAUCUUGGACCGUGAGGCAGCAUUCUACGCAGCCACACUGGCUCCACUGAUCUUCCUGCAGCAGUACCGAGACACCUGGUGUUUGCUGGAGCGGUUUCACCGUGCCAUGCGCUUGUAUCAGAUAUCACACCCUACUGAGAAGCGAUCCGCUUUGAAACUGCUGCAAAACUUAAGGGUUGUUAAUGUUAAAAUUCGUUCUUUGAUUUACGACGUGUCAGGCCACCACAUCACCUCCACGUCAACAGAGCCUGAAGACGACAUGCUACACGAAAAGAAGGAUGUUAAGUUUCUAAAAGAAUUGAUUAAAAAUCUUGGCUGAGUAAAUAGGUAUAUUUUAUUUUAAGAUAAUUCACACGGUUAGUGUUUUAAUUCACAUAUAUGU